CUAAUAUAAGCAGCGUAUAUUUAAUAUUGCAGCGAAUAUAUCCCCUAUGAAUAAUGUGUUCACAGCUCACAGCGGAACAAAAUGAUUGUAUUAGAAUAAUAGCUGAAAAUGAAAAUAUCAGUAAUUAUGAGUUGGAAGUAAAUACUGGUUCUGUGAAAGGUGAUGGCUACUUAGGGAUUAUAUCAACCAUAAAUUUAAUUAGUGAACGCAAAAAUUUAAACAUGAUUCUAAAAAUGGCGGAAACGAAUGAAGAACUGCGAAAUAAAAUUGUAAUUAGAAAGGCAUACCUAAGAGAAAUUUACGCUUACAACAGAAUAUUUUCGGAAUUUGAAAAUUUCCAGAGAAAACGAAAUAUGCAGAAUGGUUUCAGUGCGUUCGCAAAAAUAUAUGGUAGUUGCGAAGAGGACUGUAAAGAAUUCUUAAUUUUAGAAAAUUUAAAGGAAGCCGGCUACAAAUUGUGGAAUCGCAAAGAACCUAUGAACGCGGAGCAUGUGGCGUUAGUAUUUUCCGAGUAUGGAAAAUUCCAUGCCGUGUCCUUAGCCAUGAGAGAUCAGGAUACCAAAAUGUUUGAAGAACUUACGAAAGAUCUUAGGAGUAUAUUUGAAAAUGCAUAUUCCAGAGAAAAAUACGAGCGUGGAGUGAAAAUUACAUUAGAGAAAGGUUUUAAAGCAGUUAAAGGAGACAAUGAUGCUAUAGAGGCUUUUCGAAGAUUUUCUGAUUCACUUAGAACUUUCUUAUUGAAGCAAUUUAAAUCGCCCGAUAAUAUAGUUUUCACUCAUGGAGACUGCUGGUGCAAUAAUAUGAUGUUCAAAUAUGAGGAUAACCAAAAUCCCCAUAAACCGACAAAAGUUUGUUUUCUUGAGUGGCAGUUAUCAAAAAUGGGAUCUCCGGUUUUGGAUUUGUCAUAUUUCUUUUUUGUUUGCAGUUCAAAAGAGAUGUUUUAUGAUUAUAAAAGUUAUCUUAAAAUAUACUAUGAAACUCUUUCGGAAAAUCUAAGAAAGUUAUCCUGCGAUCCCGAAAACAUAUUUCCUUAUAUGUUACUGGAACGACAUUGGAAAACAUAUGCAAAGUUUGGGCUCUACAUGGGUCUUAUUGUAAUAACGCUGAUGUUAAGCGAAGUAGAGGAAGCUCCGAUAGUUAAGGAUGUAGUGAAAAACGGUGAAACUAUUUUCGAUAUCUUUAAUUAUGAAGGUAUUCAUGUAAACGAGUUCAAUAAAAGAAUUUUGAAUAUUGUAACUUUUAUGGCAGAACAUGAAUUGAUUUGAGUAUAGUAGAGUAGAUAAUAGACAAAACCAUAAAUUUCGUACACCAGAUGUAUCUUUUGUACCUGUAUCUUUUUCAUAGCGUGCGUAAAAAAAAUCAGGAAUAUCAGAAAUGUUACUAGUUUGCUUUGUAAAGCGGUAUCCAAUUUUAUUAACGGUUGGAAGUAACAAGGUGUGAAAUUAAUUAUAUUUGGAGGCAAUUCAGAGAACAAAUAGGUAUAUACUUUUUUGUUGUUUUUAAAAAAUUCAGUUGCGUUUUAUGUCACUGAAUAUAAAUUGAAUUGUAUGCUAUAUUCUAAAUUCUUAGGCGUUUUAACGCAAAAAUUACUUCUUUGUUCAUUACGCUAAUUGCUGUAAUUUUGAGUUAUAGGGAUUGAAAAGUAAUUAUGGCAUGCGGGCAUACUAAUUGUAGUAUGCCCGCAAUGUAUUGACACUGUAAAAAAAUUGGAAGCAAUAAAAAGAUUAAAAACUUAUUUGUUCGUUUCCGAGUUAAUGCUAAAAAUAAUUUUAUUUAACUUCAACGUCUUGUAAUUUCUAGACUAGCGAGACAGGGGUUUAUACGCACAUUCGCAACAUUUUUGAUGCUGUAUCUCUAUCUAUUUUGCAGAGGCAAUGAAUUGUCUUUUAUAAUUAACGAAAUUUCUGUGCUAAUAAAAUAUUUAUUUUAGUAGUUACUAUGUUAUAUUAUCAUAUAUUAAUUAUUUAAGUUAUUUAAUACUUAUAUGUUAUAGUGUUAUAUUACUUUUGUUUUUAUGGACCUACUUUGAUGUUAAUAUUUAUCUCUCUAAUUACUUUGUAUUUAUUUUACUUUCUAAAAAGCCACUUUCUUAGUCUUAGUUGUCUGUUAAUAAAUUACUUGGUUACUUAAA